UCCGGGCAGAGAGAGGAGGCGCUCCGGGGGCUGCGCGACGUGCUGGAAAUAGUAACCAGAGACUCUGCUUGUGUAGUGAGGAGGUGGAAAAAUAAACAUCUUAUUGUUAUUAUUGUUGUUGUUUUCUAGUUCCUGACAGCAACGGGGAGACUGGUUUUGAGAAUGCGGCAUGGUGGCUGAACACCUUGAUGGCAGCUGUCUGUCUGUUUGGACUCUUUGACGCGGGGGACACGCAAGGACAAAAUGCCACAGAGGAAAUCAGGAACUCUGCCCUGCCUCGGGAAGAAAAAACAAACAAACAAACAAACAAACACUGAUUGUCCUUUCAGUAUCCACUUUGGAUAAACGUUUCCACGCGCCGGAUUUGUUCCGUGUUGCUUCAGUUUGAGGAGCGGUGACUCACUGCAGGCACAAGGCGAGCCGCUGCAUCCUAAUCAGACGACAGAGGACUUCAGCUCAUUGACAUUACAGUCAGACUUUGGAGCACUUUUUUUUUUCUUCUUCUUCUUCUGUUCUCACUGCGCUGCGCUGUAGAGCGCGUGUGCGUCGGAGGAGAAAGUGGGGAUCGGGUGGAACUCUAAAGCCAAGCUGUUUUCAUCCCACUCCUGUCUUUUUUUUUGUUUCCACUAAUGGAGCAGCUUGUCUUGAUGGUAUGAGCGAACACUUGCAAUGACCAUUCUGUUUGGAGUCUGGAUCUCGAUUAUUGCUCCGAUGGGUCUGGGUGCUCAGCUGAAUAUAAAUUAGACUUUCACUACCACACAUUGCUUGGAGAGGAAGAAAGAAACACGGCAAAGACAAUCUACAAAAGUCAAAUGUCAAGGCACUGCAUGAUGAACAGGACUUUUGAUCAGAUUUGUAAUAACAGAAAUACCAAAUUUGAACAAAACAUCAACACAGAACGAGGAAACACUGCGCAGAUUUGAGCAGCUUUAAGUGAUUGGAAAUGCAUCUUUCUAUUUUCUUUUUCCUCCUCUUGUGGGCUCAAGCCCUGACAUUAAAAAACUUGAAUUAUUCGGUCGCAGAGGAGCAGGGUCCAGGAACAAUGAUUGGGAACAUUGCCAAAGAUGCCAGGCUUGGACUCGAGCAGAGUGGGCAGGGACAGGGUAAGAAAGCCAACUUCAGAGUGCUGGAGAACUCGGCCCCGCAUCUCAUCGACGUGGACCCUCAGAGCGGACUUCUGUACACAAAGCAGCGCAUUGACAGGGAAACGUUGUGUAAGAGAAACCCCAAGUGCCAACUCUCCAUGGAGGUGUUUGCCAAUGACAAGGAGAUAUGUAUGAUAAAAAUAGACAUUCAGGACAUUAACGACAACUCGCCUAUUUUUCCUUCAGAUCAGAUUGAUAUUGACAUUUCUGAAAAUGCAGUGCCAGGGACACGAUUUCCCUUGACCAGUGCUCAUGACCCUGAUGCAGGGGAAAAUGGCCUGAAAACCUAUCAAAUAACACGCGAUGACUACAAUCUGUUUUCCUUGGAGGUAAAAGCCCGAGGGGAUGGGACCAAAUUUCCAGAACUAGUUAUUCAACGACCAUUGGACCGAGAAGAACGAAGCCAUCACACCCUUAUUUUGUCGGCCACUGAUGGUGGAGAAUAUCCUAGAUCUGGGACCAUGCAGAUAAAUGUUAAAGUUAUUGAUUCCAAUGACAACAGCCCAGUGUUUGAUCAGUCAUCAUAUGUUGUAGAAAUUCCUGAAAAUUCUCCUCCAGGAAAAGUCUUAAUUGAUUUAAAUGCCACAGAUCCUGAUGAGGGAAACAAUGGUCAGGUGGUCUACUCCUUUAGUGGCUAUGCCCCAGAGAGAAUCCGCGAGCUGUUCUCUAUAGACUCAAGAACAGGGGUGAUAAAGAUUCAGGGUGAAAUUGACUAUGAAGAAAGCCCAGUUAUUGAGAUUGAUGUCCAAGCUAAGGAUCUAGGUCCCAAUCCAAUCCCAGGUCAUUGUAAAGUCACUGUUAAAGUGCUUGACAGGAAUGAUAACUGGCCAUCUAUAGGCUUUGUGUCUGUGAGACAGGGAGCCAUCAGUGAAGCAGCACCCCCAGGCACUGUCAUUGCUCUGGUUCGUGUCACCGACAAGGAUUCAGGCAGGAAUGGUCAGCUUCAAUGCAGAGUGCUGGGUAAUGUCCCUUUUAAACUUGAGGAAAACUAUGAUAACUUCUACACAGUGGUGACAGAUAGGCCCCUAGACAGAGAGGUUCAGGAUGAGUACAAUGUCACCAUUGUAGCCAAAGACAAUGGCAUUCCUCCUCUGAACUCCACAAAAUCCUUCACAGUCAAGAUUCUUGAUGAGAAUGACAAUGUUCCCCGCUUCACUAAGUCAGUCUACCUUCUUCAGAUCCCCGAGAACAACAUCCCUGGGGAGUACUUAGGCUCAGUUUUGGCACACGACCCAGAUCUUGGCCAGAACGGAACGGUCUAUUACAGCAUAAUUAACUCUAAUGUGAGUGGGGGUGAUGUCAACACCUAUGUUAAUGUAAAUGCAGCUAAUGGAGCCAUUUAUGCUGUCAGAUCUUUCAACUAUGAACAAAUAAAGUAUUUUGACUUCAAAGUUCUUGCUAAGGAUGCAGGAUCUCCACACCUGGAGAGCAACACUACAGUACGCAUUAGUGUUCUGGACGUCAAUGACAACAUCCCUGUCAUAGUUUUACCACUUCUCCUGAAUGACACAGCUGAAAUCCAUGUUCCACGAAAUGUUGGUGUUGGCUACAUCGUCACCACUGUGAGGGCGGUGGACAAUGAUUAUGGUGAGAGUGGGAGGCUCACCUAUGAGAUUUCUGAUGGUAAUGAGGAGCAUCUUUUUGAGAUUGAUCCAAUAACUGGGGAAGUCAGAACAGCCCACCCAUUCUGGGAUGAUGUGAGUCCCCUUGUGGAGCUGAUCAUUCGUGUUUCUGAUCAUGGCAAGCCAACUCUAACUGCUGCCGCCCGCCUUAUCAUCAAGGCAUCCAAUGGACGCCCUCCUGAUGGACUCCCACACAUGAAAGACAGUCAAAACUGGGACAUGUCAUUGCCGCUUAUUGUGACUCUAAGCAUCAUAUCUAUCAUGCUUCUGGCUGCCAUGGUGACCAUAGCGAUCAAGUGCAAGAGAGAAAACAAGGAGAUCCGAACUUAUAAUUGUCGCAUUGCAGAGUACUCGCACCCUCAGCUGGGGAAAGGCAAGAAGAAGAAGAUUAACAAGAACGACAUCAUGCUGGUGCAGAGCGAAGUGGAGGAGCGGGAUGCCAUGAAUGUGAUGAAUGUGGUAAGCAGUCCUUCACUUGCCACCUCUCCUAUGUACUUUGACUAUCAGACACGCCUGCCACUCAGCUCACCAAGGUCAGAGGUCAUGUACCUCAAGCCCACUGCCAAUAACCUCAGCGUGCCCCAAAGCCACGUGGGAUGCCACACAAGCUUCACAGGCCCAGUCACCAGCACUACAGACACACCUACUAACCGCAUGUCCAUCAUACAGACCGACAGUUUCCCCACUGAGCCUAAUUAUAUGGGCAGCAGACAACAGUUUGUCCAAAGUAGUUCAACAUUCAAAGACCCAGAGCGAGCGAGCCUCAGGGACAGCGGCCAUGGCGACAGCGACCAGGCGGACAGCGACCAGGACACCAACAAAGGCUCCUGUUGUGAUAUGUCUGCAAAAGAAGCUCUUAAGUUAAAGGCUUCGGGUGUGAAACCUCCACCUUUAGAGCAAGAUGAGGAUUGUGUGAAUUGUACAGAGGAGUGCAGAGUACUGGGCCAUUCUGACCGCUGCUGGAUGCCUCAGUUCCCUGCUGGUGGAAAUCAGGCGGAGGGCAUAGACUACCGCAACAAUAUGUUUGUUCCGGCCGGGAUGGAGACGGUACCUGAGACAGAGACUUACGAGACCGUCAAUCCCAAUGGCAAGAAAACAUUCUGUACUUUUGGCAAAGAGAGGCGUGAUCACACUAUCCUGGUUGCCAAUGUCAAGCCCUACUUGAAAGCAAAACGUGCCCUCAGUCCACUGCUCCAGGAGGUGCCCUCAGCCUCGACCAGUCCUACCAAGGGCUGCUCCACAAUCCCUCCCUGCUCUUCGGUCAAAGGUCCGGCAGACGGGGCUGAAGGCAAACCUCCUCUAGCCAGCUGCUCCGGCCACUACGGGCCUCCCGAUGGUCAGUAUCUGUCACCUACCAAACAAAGCAGAGACCAAGGGGUCUACCCACCUUUGCCUCCCUCAGACCCAGUGGCCAAGGUGCUCGCAGAGGCCCGGUCCAGGAUCAGUCAAGAGGCAGCAGGUGAAAUGGAGCGUGUUCUGGAGCAGGUGGAGCCUGAUUCAAGCCGCGACGCAAUGGACGCUGACCAGGUGGUGAGGGACAUCGACAAACUAUUGCAGGAUUGCAGAGAAAGUGAGACCACUGGUGUGCUCAGAAAGUGACACGAGUGACCUAAUCAGGAGGAAAUAAAGAGAGCAGUGUUUUUUUUUUGGAUUUUCUGGGAACUCUCAUGCCAAAACUGUCACCAAAACAAGUUUUAAAUGUUAACUUGCUUCUAUUAUAGGGGCUGUUUUCACUGUAUUUGUUGUAGAAGAGUACCAACACUGGACAAACGUUUAAUAUGUCAGUCAUGCAGUACCAGCUUUGGUGCUGGAUCAACUACCAACAUAAAGGAACUGACUUGUGACUUUUUCUGAAUUUAUAGACUUUUUAUUAAGCAAACUGCAGGGGUCUCUGCCUCUGGCACCUCGCAAGCUCUUAUCUAAGUGCCCACCAGCUCAUAUGUGUGUUGUUCAUGGUCUCUCGUGAAAU